ACGUGACAGGCGCGUGCGAGGCUCCGUAUAAAUUCUCUCUCUGUCUACUUCCCCUCUCGGAAACCCUAAAUCGGCGAUUCGCGGCAGGUGCUCUCUCUCGCUGGUAAAGGCUUGUCAGGAUUUAGGGUUACCUUGCUCAACAAUGGCUCCCGCUAAAGCUGAUACUACUAAAAAGUCUGACCAAAAAGCCCAGGCCUUGAAAGCUGCCAAGGCUGUGAAAUCUGGUUCAUCAGUCUUUAAGAAGAAGGCCAAGAAGAUACGAACAUCAGUUACUUUCCAUAGACCGAGGACAUUGAAGAAGGAUAGGAACCCCAAGUACCCUCGCAUCAGUGCGCCCCCAAGGAACAAGCUUGAUCAGUAUCAAAUCCUAAAAUAUCCACUCACCACUGAAUCAGCAAUGAAGAAGAUUGAAGAUAAUAACACACUAGUUUUCAUCGUGGAUAUCCGUGCUGACAAGAAGAAGAUCAAGGAUGCAGUCAAGAAGAUGUAUGACAUCCAGACCAAGAAAGUGAAUACCUUGAUUAGGCCUGAUGGAACAAAGAAAGCCUACGUGAGGCUUACACCUGACUAUGAUGCGUUGGAUGUGGCAAACAAGAUUGGAAUAAUUUAAAUAUGGUAGUCAACCUUUCACAUCCCAGUUGUAUGAUUUUAUCUAAAGCAAUUUCAUUAGAAUUGAAACAUUUGGCAGAGGAUUUUGGUCUUCGAUGGGCUUUGAAUCCCAUUUGUUUUGAGAGACCUUUGGUGAGGAGGAUUUUCUCUUUUAAUUUCGAUAGAUAUGGAUUGCUUUCUGUGUUCUGGUU